GCGCGGUCACCGUUCAAGCGCGCUCCGUCCCCGCCCCAGAUCCUGGGGGUUGAGCGGGGGAGAAGGGGCGGGCGCCUGCGAGCCGUGAAUCACCUCCUCCUCUUGCUGCCUCAGCGCCGCCACCUUUCCAUUCAGUCGCCCAACAUGGCUGGAGCGCUGCGGAGGUGAGCCGGCCGCCCGCCCGCAGACACCCCAGCCUACUACGCCAGUGUCCCGCGGCCCCGGCGGCGCCUCAGCUCUGCUGUGCGGAGGCCCAACGGCCCUGUCGCCGCCCGCCGCCAGCAUGUUGGGCGCCCCGGAUGAGAGCUCCGUGCGGGUGGCUGUCAGAAUAAGACCACAGCUUGCCAAAGAGAAGAUUGAAGGAUGCCAUAUUUGUACAUCUGUCACACCGGGAGAGCCUCAGGUCUUCCUAGGGAAAGAUAAGGCUUUUACUUUUGACUAUGUAUUUGACAUUGACUCCCAGCAAGAGCAGAUCUACAUUCAAUGUAUAGAAAAACUAAUUGAAGGUUGCUUCGAAGGAUACAAUGCUACAGUUUUUGCUUAUGGACAAACUGGAGCUGGUAAAACAUACACAAUGGGAACAGGCUUUGAUGUUAACAUUGUUGAGGAAGAACAGGGUAUUAUUUCUCGAGCUGUUAAACAUCUUUUUAAGAGUAUUGAAGAAAAAAAACACAUAGCAAUUAAAAAUGGGCUUCCUCCUCCAGAUUUUAAAGUGAAUGCCCAAUUCUUAGAGCUCUAUAAUGAAGAGGUCCUUGACUUAUUUGAUACCACUCGUGAUAUUGAUGCAAAAAAUAAAAAAUCAAGUAUAAGAAUUCAUGAAGAUUCAACUGGAGGAAUUUAUACUGUGGGCGUUACAACACGUACUGUGAAUACAGAAUCAGAGAUGAUGCAGUGUUUGAAGUUGGGUGCUUUAUCCCGGACAACUGCCAGUACCCAGAUGAAUGUUCAGAGCUCUCGUUCACAUGCCAUUUUUACCAUUCAUGUGUGUCAAACCAGAGUGUGUCCCCAAAUUGAUGCUGACAGUGCAACUGAUAAUAAAAUUAUUUCUGAAUCAGCACAGAUGAAUGAAUUUGAAACCCUGACUGCAAAGUUCCAUUUUGUUGAUCUCGCAGGGUCAGAAAGAUUGAAGCGUACUGGAGCUACAGGCGAGAGGGCAAAAGAAGGCAUUUCUAUCAACUGUGGACUUUUGGCGCUUGGCAAUGUAAUUAGUGCCUUGGGAGACAAGAGCAAGAGGGCCACACAUGUCCCCUACAGAGAUUCCAAGCUAACAAGACUACUACAGGAUUCCCUUGGGGGUAAUAGCCAAACAAUCAUGAUAGCAUGUGUCAGCCCUUCAGACAGAGACUUUAUGGAAACGUUAAACACCCUGAAAUAUGCCAAUCGAGCUAGAAAUAUCAAGAAUAAGGUGAUGAUCAAUCAGGACAGAGCUAGUCAGCAAAUCAAUGCACUUCGUAGUGAAAUCACACGACUUCAGAUGGAGCUCAUGGAGUACAAAACAGGUAAAAGAAUAAUUGACGAAGAGGGUGUGGAAAGCAUCAAUGACAUGUUCCAUGAGAAUGCUAUGCUACAGACUGAAAAUAAUAACCUGCGUGUAAGAAUUAAAGCCAUGCAAGAGACAGUUGAUGCAUUGAGGUCCAGAAUUACACAGCUUGUUAGUGAUCAGGCCAACCAUGUUCUUGCCAGAGCAGGUGAAGGAAAUGAGGAGAUUAGUAACAUGAUUCAUAGUUAUAUAAAAGAAAUCGAAGAUCUCAGGGCAAAAUUAUUAGAAAGUGAAGCAGUGAAUGAGAACCUUCGAAAAAACUUGACAAGAGCCACAGCAAGAGCGCCAUAUUUCAGUGGAUCAUCAACUUUUUCUCCUACUAUACUAUCCUCAGACAAAGAAACCAUUGAAAUUAUAGACCUAGCAAAGAAAGAUUUAGAGAAGUUGAAAAGAAAAGAAAAGAGGAAGAAAAAAAGUGUGGCUGGUAAAGAGGAUAAUACAGACACUGAUCAAGAGAAGAAAGAAGAAAAGGGUGCUUCAGAAAGAGAAAACAAUGAAUUAGAAGUGGAAGAAAGUCAAGAAGUGAGUGAUCAUGAGGAUGAAGAAGAGGAGGAGGAGGAGGAGGAAGAUGACAUUGAAGGUGGUGAAAGUUCUGAUGAAUCAGAUUCUGAAUCAGAUGAAAAAGCCAAUUAUCAAGCAGACUUGGCAAACAUUACUUGUGAAAUUGCAAUUAAGCAAAAGCUGAUUGAUGAACUAGAAAACAGCCAGAAAAGACUGCAGACUCUGAAAAAGCAGUAUGAAGAGAAGCUAAUGAUGCUGCAACAUAAAAUUCGGGACACUCAGCUUGAAAGAGACCAGGUGCUUCAAAACUUAGGCUCAGUAGAAUCUUACUCAGAAGAAAAAGCAAAAAAAGUUAGGUCUGAAUAUGAAAAGAAACUCCAAGCCAUGAAUAAAGAACUGCAGAGGCUUCAAGCAGCUCAAAAAGAACAUGCAAGGUUGCUUAAAAAUCAGUCUCAGUAUGAAAAGCAAUUGAAGAAAUUGCAGCAGGAUGUGAUGGAAAUGAAAAAAACAAAGGUUCGCCUAAUGAAGCAAAUGAAAGAAGAACAAGAGAAAGCCAGACUGACUGAGUCUAGAAGAAACAGAGAGAUUGCUCAGUUGAAAAAGGAUCAACGUAAAAGAGAUCAUCAACUUAGACUUCUGGAAGCCCAAAAAAGAAACCAAGAAGUGGUUCUACGUCGCAAAACGGAAGAGGUUACAGCUCUUCGUCGGCAAGUAAGACCCAUGUCAGAUAAAGUGGCUGGGAAAGUUACUCGGAAGCUGAGUUCAUCUGAUGCCCCUGCUCAGGACACAAGUUCCAGUGCAGCUGCUGUUGAAACAGAUGCAUCAAGGACAGGAGUCCAGCAGAAAAUGAGAAUUCCUGUGGCGAGAGUCCAGGCCUUACCAGCGCCUGCAACAAAUGGAACCAGGAAAAAAUAUCAGAGGAAAGGAUUGACUGGCCGAGUGUUUAUUUCCAAGACAGCCCGCAUGAAGUGGCAGCUCCUUGAGCGCAGAGUCACAGACAUCAUCAUGCAGAAGAUGACCAUUUCCAACAUGGAGGCAGAUAUGAAUAGACUCCUCAAGCAACGGGAGGAACUGACAAAAAGACGAGAGAAACUUUCAAAAAGAAGGGAGAAGAUAGUUAAGGAGAAUGGAGAGGGAGAUAAAAAUGUGGCUAAUAUCAAUGAAGAGAUGGAGUCACUGAUUGCUAAUAUAGAUUACAUCAACGACAGUAUUUCUGAUUGUCAAGCCAACAUAAUGCAGAUGGAAGAAGCAAAGGAAGAAGGUGAGACAUUGGAUGUUACUGCAGUCAUUAAUGCCUGCACCCUUACAGAAGCUCGAUACCUGCUAGAUCACUUCCUGUCAAUGGGCAUUAAUAAGGGUCUUCAGGCCGCCCAGAAAGAGGCUCAAAUUAAAGUACUGGAAGGUCGACUCAAACAAACAGAAAUAACCAGUGCUACCCAAAACCAGCUCUUAUUCCAUAUGUUGAAAGAGAAGGCAGAAUUAAAUCCCGAGCUAGAUGCUUUACUAGGCCAUGCUUUACAAGAAAACAUAGAGGAUAGUACUGAUGAGGAUGCACCUUUAAACAGCCCAGGAUCAGAAGGAAGCACACUGUCUUCAGAUCUCAUGAAGCUUUGUGGUGAAGUGAAACCUAAGAGCAAGGCCCGAAGGAGAACCACCACUCAGAUGGAAUUGCUGUAUGCAGAUAGCAGUGAACUAGCUUCAGAUACUAGUACAGGAGAUGCCUCCUUGCCUGGCCCUCUUACACCUGUUGCAGAAGGGCAAGAGAUUGGAAUGAAUACAGAGACAAGUGGUACUUCUGCUAGGGAAAAAGAGCUCUCUCCCCCACCUGGCUUACCUUCUAAGAUAGGCAGCAUUUCCAGGCAGUCAUCUCUACCAGAAAAAAAAAUUCCAGAGCCUUCUCCUGUAACAAGGAGAAAGGCAUAUGAGAAAGCAGAAAAAUCAAAGACCAAGGAACAAAAGCACUCAGAUUCUGGAACUUCAGAGGCUAGUCUUUCACCUCCUUCUUCCCCACCAAGCCGGCCCCGUAAUGAACUGAAUGUUUUUAAUCGUCUUACUGUUUCUCAGGGAAACACAUCAGUUCAGCAGGAUAAGGGCAUAAUCAACCCAUUUCCAGCUUCAAAAGGAAUCAGAGCUUUUCCACUUCAAUGUAUUCACAUAGCUGAAGGACAUACAAAAGCUGUGCUCUGUGUGGAUUCUACUGAUGAUCUCCUCUUCACUGGAUCGAAAGAUCGUACUUGUAAAGUAUGGAAUCUGGUGACUGGGCAGGAAAUAAUGUCACUAGGGGGUCAUCCCAACAAUGUCGUGUCUGUAAAAUAUUGUAAUUAUACCAGUUUGGUCUUCACUGUAUCAACAUCUUAUAUUAAGGUGUGGGAUAUCAGAGAUUCAGCAAAGUGCAUUCGGACACUGACGUCUUCAGGUCAAGUUACUCUUGGAGAUGCUUGUUCUGCAAGUACCAGUCGAACAGUAGCUAUUCCUUCUGGAGAGAACCAGAUCAAUCAAAUUGCCCUAAACCCAACUGGCACCUUCCUCUAUGCUGCUUCCGGAAAUGCUGUCAGGAUGUGGGAUCUUAAAAGGUUUCAGUCUACAGGAAAGUUAACAGGACACCUAGGCCCUGUUAUGUGCCUUACUGUGGAUCAGAUUUCCAAUGGACAAGAUCUAAUCAUCACUGGCUCCAAGGAUCAUUACAUCAAAAUGUUUGAUGUUACAGAAGGAGCUCUUGGUACUGUGAGUCCUACCCACAAUUUUGAACCCCCUCAUUAUGAUGGCAUAGAAGCACUAACCAUUCAAGGGGAUAACCUAUUUAGCGGGUCUAGAGAUAAUGGAAUCAAGAAAUGGGACUUAACUCAAAAAGACCUUCUUCAGCAAGUUCCAAAUGCACAUAAGGAUUGGGUCUGUGCCCUGGGAGUAGUGCCAGACCACCCAGUUUUGCUCAGUGGCUGCAGAGGGGGCAUUUUGAAAGUCUGGAACAUGGAUACUUUUAUGCCAGUUGGAGAGAUGAAAGGUCAUGAUAGUCCUAUCAAUGCCAUAUGUGUUAAUUCCACCCACAUUUUUACUGCAGCUGAUGAUCGAACUGUGAGAAUUUGGAAGGCUCGCAAUUUGCAAGAUGGUCAGAUCUCUGACACAGGAGAUCUGGGGGAAGAUACUGCCAGUAAUUAAACAUGAGUGAAGAUAAGUUGUAAACUGAAUGCUGUGAUAAUACUCUGUAUUCUUUAUGGAAAAUUUCCUGCACUUAUUAGGCAAAACGUAUGAAUGGGAUUAACUGGAAAAUAUAUCUGAAUUCAACUGCUGACUAUAAAUUAUAUUCUAAUAAAAUUGUGUACUAUCCUGUGUGCUUAGUUUUAAGAUCAACCAGUAGAUAUAUAUCCUACAAUUGACAUAUUGCUUUAUUCGCACUUUUAUUGUGGCUGAAUUUUUGUGCCUAUCUAUAAAACACACCUUCAAAUUAUUUGAAUUACAAGACGUCUGCUUUUGUGACAGUCAGAAAACACACCUGGAAUACAAUGCAACCCACUGUUAACUCAUUCAUAUAGUUUAUUCAAAUGAUUUAUGUAUUUAAACAUAUUGAAAAUGUUAGUCAAAUUGUGGUUUGCUUGUCAGGUAUUUUUAUCAGUCUGUAGAGGGUUCCCAAAUUUCAAAGCUCUUUUAAUGUAAUGGACAAAAAUAAGAUAUGAGAAUAUUAUUGAUGAAUUUUCAUAAGGUGGAAUUGAUCUUAAUCUACUAACAGAGAAGGGUAAACAGUUUGUGUUAAAUGUUGGCAUUUACUUGUAUUGACCAAAGUUUUGCAGCUCUACCAUAUUCUGUGCUCAGGACUAAAAUGCUGUUAAAUUGUUGGGUUUUUUUUUUUUUUUUUUUUUUUUUUUCCAGUGCUGUGCAUAUUUUCUGUGAUGGGAAACAUUGUUGAUGUCCUAACAGAAAUAUAUUUUGAUCUAUUUUCCUAUGGAGUUGUUUCUAUUAUCACCAUUUAAUUUUGUUUUUAUUUAAUAGUAGUAUUUCCUUCCCUUUUAUCUAAUUUUUUAUAUGCUGCUAAAUAUAUUUUAAAUACACUAUGUUUGCAAACCUUGGUAGCUAUGGUGAGAACUAUUAUCAUCUGUGGUGGAAAAAGCUAUGUAAAUAGGUAGAUUAUAUAGAGAGACUAUCUUGUGUUGUGCGUGUAUGAAUUUUUAAAAGCUGUUGAUUGGAUUUUGCAAAAGGAUGUAUAAUAUUUCUGUCUGCCUAGAAUAUUAAUUUGUAAAUUCUGCAAGUUUAAUUUUUAGUGGAUGGUAUAACAUUUGAAAAUAUUGUCUUACGUGAUUUUUUUCCCCUGAAAAUAUUUGCUUGUAAAUGAAAACUUAGCUAGGGCUUAAAUAAACAUGUUGCUAUGAAAUUA